AUGGGUGGCUGCAUUCCUUUUCUGAAGGCAGCAAGGACACGGUGCCCCAGAAUCAUGCCCCUUUUGCUGUUGUUGUGUGCAUUCAUUUUUUUAGUGAACGUCCUGGGAGGAGCCCCAGGACACAACCCGGAGCGCAGGACGAAGAUGAUAUCAAUACACAGCCUCUCGGAGCUGGAGCGUUUGAAGCUGCAAGAGACUGCUUACCACGAACUCGUGGCCAGACAUUUCCUCCCUGAAUUUAAACCUGACCGAGCUCUGCCUAUUGACAGUCCAAACACCUUGGAGAAGUGGUUUCUGAUUCUUAGAGGACAACAGAGGGACUCCUCGGUCGAAUCACUCAAGACUUUUGGUAUUCGCUUGGAAGAGGUGCUUGUGAAUGAGCUUACCCGCGGCAAGCAUCUUGAACUAAAAGCUGCGAUGCAGAUUGAAGAAUCUACCGGUCAGGCUGCAGGCCGUCGUCGGGGAAACGUAGUGCAAAGGAUGUUUGGCCGCAUCAGGCGCUUUUUCAAUCGCAGACGGGAUGAGCCCUCCUUGCCCCGAGAGUUCACUCGCCGUGGACGUCGAGGUGCAGUGUCUGUGGAUAGCCUUGCUGAACUGGAGGAUGGGGCCCUGCUGCUUCAGACCCUGCAACUUUCCAGAAUUUCCUUUCCAAUUGGCCAGAGACUACUCGGAUCCAAAAGGAAAAUGAGCCUCAAUCCGAUUGCUAAACAAAUUCCCCAGGUUGUUGAGGUUUGCUGCAACUUCAUUGAGAAACAUGGCUUAAGCACAGUGGGGAUUUUCACCCUGGAAUAUUCUGAGGAGAGAGUGCGUGAGCUCCGUGAAGAAUUUGAUCAAGGUCUGGAUGUAGUGUUGGAUGACACUCAGAAUGUGCAUGAUGUUGCUGCACUCCUCAAAGAGUUUUUCCGUGACAUGAAGGACUCUCUGCUGCCAGAUGAUCUGUACAUGUCCUUCCUCCUAACAGCAACUCUGAAGCCUCAGGAUCAGCUCUCUGCCUUGCAAUUGCUGGUUUACCUGAUGCCACCUUGCCACAGUGACACCCUGGAGCGUCUGCUGAAGGCCUUGCAUAAAAUUACUGAGAACUGCGAGGACUCCAUUGGCAUUGAUGGACAGUUGGUUUCUGGCAACCGAAUGACAUCCACCAAUUUGGCCUUGGUGUUUGGAUCUGCUCUCCUGAAGAAGGGGAAAUUUGCCAAGAGGGAAUCCAGGAAAACAAGACUGGGGAUUGACCACUAUGUUGCUUCUGUCAAUGUGGUCCGUGCCAUGAUUGAUAACUGGGAUAUCCUCUUCCAGGUGCCUCCCCAUAUUCAGAGGCAGGUUGCUAAGCGUGUGUGGAAAUCCAGUCCUGAAGCCCUUGAUUUUAUCAGACGCAGGAAUUUGAGGAAGAUCCAGAGUGCACGUAUAAAGAUGGAAGAGGAUGCUUUACUUUCUGAUCCGGUGGAAAGCUCCGCUGAAGCCCGUGCUGCUGUCCUUGGUCAAAGCAAGCCCUUUGAUGAAGGUUCCUCUGAGGAGCCAGCUGUGCCUCCCGGCACUGCCUGUUCCCAUGACGAUGAGGAAGGAGCGGGUAAUCCCCCCAUUCUGGAGCAAGACCACCCAUUGCUCCGUGUGCCCCGGGACAAGGAGGCCAAUACUGGCAUCGGCUACUUCUUUCCUUAG